AUGCGGGUUUUGGCCGGCGUAGGUGUGGGCACUGCACAAACAGCUGCUCCCUUGUUGGCAACAGAGAUCGCACAUCCGAGGCAAAGACAAACGGCUACAGCUCUAUACAAUGCGUGUUGGUGUAUGGGAUCGAUUGCAUCGGCGGGAAUCACAUUUGCGACGUUGUCAAUGUCGGGCAGCUGGUCCUGGCGGAUUCCUUGCUUUCUGCAGGCAAUGUACCCGCUUACUCAACUUAUCGGUCUCUUCAUUGUACCAGAGAGCCCGCGCUGGCUGAUAUCAAAGAGCAGAAAGGAUGAAGCUUUUGUGAUAUUGGCAAAGUAUCACGCAAAUGGUAGCAUGGACGAUGAACUGGUUCUGCACGAAUACGAGCAGAUUUGCAACACUAUACAUGCAGAGAACGCAACUCCUAGUCACUGGAGCUCCUUCUUUGCUAGUAAAGGAGAAUUCCAUCGCCUGGGAAUUUGUGUGCUGGUCGGACUCAUGCAAGAGUGGGCUGGAAAUGGUAUUAUCUCUUACUACCUGGCUCCUAUUUUGAACUCUGUUGGAAUCUCGCGAGCCUCGGACCAAGCUGCUGUCAACACAGGCUUGCAGGUAUGGAACUUGAUCCUCUCUUCUGCAGGAGCGGUGGCCUCCGAGAAGUACGGCAGACGCUUCAUGUGGCUGCUUGGCACGGCUAUAAUGUUGCUCUUCUUGUCCGGAACCACCAUUGUUUCCGGAAUGUUUAUGGAGAUGAACAUCAAUGCUGCAGGACUGGCUAUGGUACCGAUGCUAUUCCUGUUCUUCAGUGGAUUUGAUCUCGCCUACUCGCCUCUUUUCAUCGCGUACCCGGCCGAGAUUCUUCCAUUCCAGCUUCGCGCCAAAGGCAUGGCAGUGACGUUGAUGACGGACGCCGCGGCCUGCUUUUUCAACCAGUAUGUUAACCCGGUGGCAUUUAUGGCACUGCGGUGGAAGUACUAUAUUGUGUAUGUGGGAUGUCUGGUUUUCUUUUUGACCAUGGUGUAUUUCUUCUUCCCAGAGACAAAGGGUCGUUCUCUUGAGGAGGUGGCGAAGAUCUUUGAUCGUGAUUGCAAGCCUACUACCACCGUGGAGGAGAUUGACGGGAAGAGCAGUGAGGAUGAGAAAAACUGA